AUGUUUAAGGUGAUUACCUUUCGGCGUGACAACGGAGGUCACGUUGACGGUCAUGAUUCGUCUCAAUGUGGCCUCGAUGCUCUGAGUACUAUUCUGAAGUGUCAACGCUGUGCUGUCAAAUCUGAUCAUUUGAAUUUUCGGCAUGUGCGAUACCUGGCUACGGCCACGGCACAGAAGGUGGCAUACAAACGAGAAAAACCGCACCUGAAUAUCGGGACCAUCGGUCACGUGGAUCAUGGCAAAACGACCCUGACUUCGGCAAUCACCAAAGUGCUGUCUUCCAAGAAACAGGCGGUUUUCAAAAAGUACGAGGACAUCGAUAAUGCGCCGGAAGAGCAAAGUCGAGGAAUAACAAUAAAUGCCGCCCACGUUGAAUAUGAAACCGAAAACAGACAUUAUGGCCACGUGGACUGCCCGGGACAUGCAGAUUACAUUAAGGUAUGCGUUAAGCUUUCAGUGAGGUUUUAUGUGGUCCAUUAGAA